AUGAAGCAACUGAGACAAGUCACACAUUCUCUGGUAAACAACAACUGUAGUCCAAGGUGCCCGCCCGUGUUUCACCCUGUCUGCCCGUCACCUGACCACUCUACCGAACAUUACCAGUUUCGGUAUGAUGACGGCUACUCGUCACAGAUUGGGGCUGUUCGAUUACCGCUGAUUUUGGGACAGCCAAGCAGAGACGGGGAGUUCGUGUUUCGACACCCGCCAAGUCCGCUAGAGAAACCCUUGAGGAUACUACCAGCGAGUCCUGUGCCAUGGUGGCCACCUGUCUGUGUAAAGACAGAUUAUGUCGUUCAGCAGGCUGCUCCACCACGUUACUGUAGGAUUAAAGUGGACGACCCAAGAUGUCUUCCCAAUGAAACAAUAAUCAAGCACUUCUAA